AUGGAUGUACUGCUACAGGGCGGUGCUGGUGCUAAUGCUCUAGACGGCAAUGGAGCCUCUGCUCUCCAUCUCGCCGCGACGCACGGUGUCCACGCAGGCGUCAUUAUCUCAGGGCUUCUACGGCACGGCGCUGACCCGCGAACCAGAUGUCGCGAUGGGCGUUGUGUGCUACACUAUCUUGCCAAGUUCACGGGGCCCCCUGAUGUUGCCAAACAGCUUCGCAACCUGGGACUCGACCCCAAUGCCCGUGACGAGCACGGCCAGACUCCCCUGCUUCAGGCGACGGUGGCAGGCCUUGUCAAGAUGGUGCGGCUUCUAUGCGAUUCUGGCGUCGGCGUAAACACGCCCAUCUUUGACGAUGACAAGACCGCUUUCUUUUGCGCUGUGAGGUUGAAGACUGUCGAUGCUGUGCAAGUCCUUCUCCAAUAUGGUGCUGAUCUUCACCACCACGGUCACUCUGGCUACCACGAAGCAGCGUACAAGGCUAUGAGCAACGGCAGCGCCGAUGCAGCCAGAAUUAACAAGCUGCUGAUCGCAUGUGGCGCCAACGUCAAUGCUAAACACGGCUGCUGCAGACAAGGCCACGGGAUGAGCGUUCUAGAUGCGGGCGGCAUAACCCGCGCCCAAGAGGAGUUUGCCCUCUUCCUCAUGGCGAACGGCGCCUUGAGCUUUCGGUAUAAUGAGGAGUCAAUGCUCAUUCUUGUGUCCUGUGCACUUGAAUAA